AUGCCGAAUUCAGCUCCCAGGCCUUCGCCAUUUGGCCAACCACCACCAUUUCCCUCCUCAGCUCCUUCACCACAAUUUUCCCGGCCUGGUGCACCACCUCCUGGUGUUGUCCCUAGACCUUCAAUGCCUCCCUCGGGAUCUCCUCCAUCCACUUUCCCCCCAAAUGUUGCCCCUGGUAGACCUAUAGGGCCACCUUUCAGUCAGCCACAGCCUUUUGGGUCCAGACCACCUCCUGGGUCAUUCCCGUCUUCUGCUAGUAGUGGUCUGGUAACAGGCCCUGUCUCCAGUGCACCACCUCAUGGAUCACUGGCACUAGGUGCUCGCGCAAGUCCUGCGCCACCAUCUUCACUGCCUUUGAGUGCUCCCCAUUCGAGUUCAUUUGGUGGUUUAGUGAAUAAUGGGCCACCAGCACCAGCUUUCCAGAGUGCUCCACGUUUUCCUCCCCCUGUUAGUGCACCGCAGCAGCCUCCUAUGGGUCCUCCCCCAACAAUGGGGGUGCCGGUUGCUCCAUUUUCAGCGCCACCUCAAGGGACACCGUUUUCAGCGCCAUCUCAAGGGACACCAUUUUCAGCUCAGCAAGGGAUGACGCCACCACCUAUAGGUUCUCCUUUUGCACCACAUAUGCAACAGCCUUGGAGAAUAAAUGUGAUGAAUGAUGUUGUUGAUGUAUUGGGUAGCCGGAUUCUUGGCAGAGGAAAUUGUAGUGACAUCUUUUUCACAGCAUAUGCUUUGUGCUUUAACAUUGAAGCUGGAAAUCAGGUAGAACCACAGCUGACAGUUGAACUGAGUAUAUUUGCAGCAGCUUUGGUGGCUCAACCUCCAUCAAUUCCAGGUUCUGCACAACCACCUAGAAUGUUCGGAAUGCCACCACCACUGCCAAAUCAAAUGACUGCUAUAUCUCCCGUUAUUGGUCAAACCGGAAGUCCUCUAUCAGGGACAUCAAAGAUUGAUCCUAAUCAAAUUCCCCGGCCCAUUCCAGGUUCCUCUGUGAUCCUACAUGAUACUCGUGCAGGGAAUCAGGCUAACCCACCUCCGCCUGCUACAAGUGAGUACAUUGCUACAGACACUGGGAAUUGCAGUCCACGCUACAUGAGGUGUACCAUCAAUCAGAUUCCAUGCACGGUUGAUCUGUUAUCAACAUCUGGCAUGCAGUUGGCUUUGUUGGUCCAACCUCUGGCCCUUCCUCAUCCAUCAGAGGAUCCUGUCCAGGUCGUUGAUUUCGGAGACAGCGGUCCUGUUCGCUGCUCUCGCUGCAAAGGCUACAUAAAUCCUUUUAUGAAAUUCAUUGAUCAAGGGAGGCGUUUCAUCUUUUUAAUUGUUAGGCUGUUUGAUUGUUGCCAAAUGUUUGGUUUUGCUAGUGAUUUAUGGAAUUUGAAAGAGUCUUAUCGUUCCCAGUGCCUCUCUGGAUCAGUCAGGUUUACUGAUGAAACACCCCGCGACUACCACUGCAAUCUAGGUCCAGAUGGUAGGCGUAGAGAUGCUGAUGAAAGGCCCGAGCUAUGUAGGGGAACAGUUGAAUUUGCUGCCACAAGAGAAUACAUGGUUCGUGAUCCCAUGCCAGCUGUUUAUUUCUUCCUUGUUGAUGUAUCCAUGCAUGCCAUACAAACUGGUGCAACUGCUGCAGCUUGCAGUUCAAUUAGUCAAGUUAUUGCUGAUCUUCCAGAAGGGCCACGGACAAUGGUGGGCAUUGCAACAUUUGAUUCAACAAUCCAUUUUUACAAUUUGAAACGGGCAUUACAACAGCCACUGAUGCUUAUUGUACCUGAUAUACAUGAUGUUUAUACUCCUCUGCAAACUGAUGUUAUUGUUCCGGUUUCUGAGUGCCGUCAACAUUUAGAGCUAUUGUUGGAAAGUAUUCCAUCUAUGUUUCAGAGCACUAGAAUUGCUGAAUCAGCCUUCAGUGCAGCAAUCAAGGCAGCUUUCUUGGCAAUGAAAAAUACUGGAGGGAAGCUUUUGUAUUUUGAUGAUUCUACUAUGCUUUCAGUCUUGCCUUCUGUUGGCAUUGGAGCCCUUUCUGCUCGAGAGGCUGAGGGAAGAAGUAACAUCUCUGCAGGGGAGAAGGAGGCCCAUAAAUUACUCCAACCAGCAGACAAAACUUUGAAGGAAAUGGCAAUUGAAUUUGCUGAAUAUCAGGUCUGUGUUGAUGUGUUCCUCACUACCCAGACUUACGUGGACAUUGCUUCUAUCUCUGUCAUCCCUAAAACCACUGGAGGGCAGGUUUAUUAUUACUAUCCUUUCUCUGCUGUUUCUGAUCCGCCAAAGCUUUACAAUGAUCUUAGAUGGAAUGUCACAAGGCCUCAAGGUUUUGAGGCAGUGAUGCGUGUGAGGUGCAGCCAGGGCGUCCAAGUUCAAGAAUACCAUGGAAACUUUUGCAAGCGCAUUCCAACAGAUAUUGACCUAGCCGCGAUUGAUUGCGACAAAACCAUAAUGGUUACAUUAAAACAUGACGAUAAAUUGCAGGAUGGGUCAGAGUGUGCUUUCCAGUGUGCCCUCCUCUACACAACUGUGUAUGGCCAAAGAAGAAUUCGGGUUGCAAAUCUAUCAUUGCCAUGCACAAACAAUUUAAGUAAUUUGUUCCGCUUGGCUGACUUGGAUUCCCAAUUUGUGUGUUUCUUGAAGCAAGCGGCAAAUGAAAUCCCUUCCAACCCACCCUUGGUUGUCCGAGAACGAUUGACAAACUUUUGCAUAAACAUUCUUCUUUCAUAUCGCAAAUUUUGUGCAACAGUAUCGUCAUCCGGGCAACUCAUCCUUCCAGAGGCACUUAAACUUCUGCCCCUCGUGUAUAGUUUAUUGGACACAUUAGAAAUGAUUGAAGCAAAUGGAUCUCAUAUCCCUCCUGCACUUCCACUUUCUAGUGAAUAUGUGAGUGAGGAUGGAAUCUAUCUUCUUGAGAAUGGUCAGGACGGUUCAAUAUAUAUUGGGAACUCUGUUAAUCCAGAUAUCUUGCAAAAACUCUUUGGCAUUUCCUCUGUUGCUGAAAUUCCAACUCAGUUUGUCCUGGAGCAAUAUGACAAUCCGUUAUCAAAGAAACUAAAUGAUGUGGUGAAUGAGAUACGACGACAAAGAUGUUCUUUCCUGCGCUUAAAGUUGUGUAAAAAAGGAGAUCCAUCAGGUGAGUUCAUUGGACCUGCUCUUCUCUGUAAUCUAGGGAACUGUAAUUCCUGCUAG